AUGGCUACUUCAUCAUCAUCAUCGUCAUCAUCUCCUGAAAAACUCCAUAGAUCGCUUCUGUCCGACCUUCAAAGUGACUUUCUUGGCGAAAAAGUGGAUGAUAAUAGAACAUUCCAGAAAUGGAAACAGUUUCUAAAGCUAGUGUAUGAAGGACCAAGAUAUCAAGAUACAUCUGUCUUUGAUGAUUUCAAUCAACUGGAGAAAGAUGGAAAACUUGGAGUUGGAGAAUACGGAAUAUUGAAAAAAAUUUUAAAACACGUUGACCAAAGAGCAGUGACGAAAGUUGAAGAAACUGAAAAAGACAUAAAAAAGUUAAGAGAGAUAGACAAAGCUGAAAAGCAGUUUAAUAAUGGAAAUGAAGAGCUUUUGGAAAGACAUAACCGUCUUGAACAAAACAUUAUGUCUUACGAAGAAGAAUUGGAAACCCUGGAUCCCAUAGAGUUCUAUUUCCGUCAGCCCAAAUACCAGGAUAGCAAAUUGCCAGAAGAAAUAGAAUUACUAUAUUUUGAUCAUUCAAAUAUUGAUCCAAAAUGUGUCCAAGAUCUGUUUGGGAAACUUACACUCAAGAAAAAUCCGGAGCGUGUAGAGUUCCCAUCUGUAGAUAUUGACACACUCACAGAACCACAAGGGCUAACAUUAGCACCAAGCGGCCAUCUCGUUUUCUCGGACGGAGACAGUACGCUUGUUGAAAAACAAAUUUUGAUACAUGACAGCACUAGGAACAAGCUAAACAUAAUUACAAGAAAGCUAAAGAAAUUUCAAGAUUACGAGAUGUGGGGAAUUUUUUGUACAAAGAAUGGUGAAUAUUUAAUUUGUUUAAUCCCUUAUCCAAGUGCAAAGUCAGAAAAGUUGUUUGCCAAAGUUGUCAAACUCAAUCAAGAUGGUCAGCAACAGGAAUUUAGGCAAGAUGAGCAAGGAAAAGUGCUCUUUUCUAAACCGCGUUUUGUAUGUGAAAACAAAUUGACCUCUGAUAUCUGUGUGUCAGACAUUGAAAACAUGGUAAUUGUUCUGGAGAAGAACGGAAAAUUUCGAGGGAGAUAUAAUGGACGUUUACCAUCAAGUUGCAAAGAUCCAUUCGCUCCGCGUGGAAUUGACAGUGAUUCUCUGGGAAACAUAUUAGUCGCGGAUGUGAAUAAUGAUUUCGUUCAUUUACUAGAUAAAGAUGUUCAAUUCAUUACUCACAUUCUCUCAUCUAUAAACCCAGUAUUACAACCUUGGGGUCUUCAUGUUGACUAUAAGGAUAGAGUGUGGGUAGUUGAAAGAAAUAACCAUAAAGGAUUUGAAAAAAAAUAUGCAACCGUGAGGGCCUUCCAAAUUCACAUUAAAACGGUUACGGAAAAAGGCGCAUUAUCCCUCGAUUUAUUGUAG